GACGCCUAUAUAUAGAAAUGGGAGAGGAAAACAAAGACAUGAACGGAAGGAGAUGGACUAUCUGUCUUCAUUACCGGAAGCUCUUGUAUCAGAGAUUCUUGUCUAUUUGAAAUCUCCUCGCGAUGUCUGCCGAUCAUCGGCGAUCUCAUGGGGAUUCAAGUCCGCCGCCGAUUCCGAUGCCGUCUGGGAUAGAUAUCUACCGUCCGAUUAUCGGGAGAUCAUAUCGAGGUCCGUAUCACCGUUGGAUUUCUCCUCCAAGAAACACCUCUAUUUCCUCCUCGCCGACUCUCCCCUUCUCAUCGACGGUGGCAAACUGAGCUUCAGUUUGGAUAAAGAGAGUCGGAAAAAAUGUUAUAUGCUAGGAGCUCGGGGGCUUACUAUAGUAUGGGGAGAUACUCCAAUAUAUUGGGCAUGGAGAUCUUUACCUUGGGGAUCUUUACCUCAAUCAAGUUUUAGUACGUGCAGAUUCUCAGAAGUAGCGGAGCUUGUGUCAGUCUGUUGGCUCGAUAUUAAAGGCAAAAUAGAGACUCGAUUGCUGUCCCCAAAAACCACAUACGUAGCAUUUCUUGUAUUCAAAUUUGUACAAGCUAACCAAGGAUUUGAAUCCCUCCCAGCAAAAGCAUCGGUUAGAUUGGUUGGUGAUGAAGAAGAGAAGAGCAGCACUGUUUAUUUGAAACAGCCAUUGACACCUGUGACAAGCGAAGGACUAAGUGGACGGUUUCCCCAGGAGAGGAAGGACAAGUGGAUGGAGAUUCAACUGGGAGAGUUUUUCAAUGAUCAAGGAGAUGACGGAGAAGUGGUGAUGCAAUUGAUGGAGAUUGAACGAGGUAACUGGAAGUAUGGCCUCGUUGUUGAGGGCAUUGAGAUUCGGCCUAAAAUCGAUACAUAAAUAAAUAAAAUGAAGAUUAUGAAUGUGGGCAUGCUGCAUUUUUUCCUUGAAACCUUUGUGUUGAACUAUAGAUAUAAAAUUAGAUUUUUUUUUUUUUUUCCUCAAAAAAAAAAAACCUACAGAUAUGUAUAAUAUAUAUGAUUAUGCCAUAUGUGCAAUAUGUUAUUGUAGUGCUGGCGCCGAGUAAGUGGCUGCUUUGGAUUUUUGAAAUUUAAGUCAUGUUUGUCAUAAUUUAAAAAAGUCAAAAAGUCACAUCUUA